CGCGCGCCGCCCGGUCAGCCCGCCCAGGAUGGACGCCGCCCUGGCUGCGCUCGGCCUGCUGCUCGUCGUCGCCGUCGUCGCAGCCUGUAUGAUCGCCGACUGUCUGGUGGAGGAGUGUCGCAGCCGCGGACAGGAGGUCUACAGCGUCUGCUGACCGGCUGAGCAGCUGACCUGCUGACGGGCUGACCUGCUGACCGCCGCCCUGCUGACCGCCGCCCUGCUGACCGACUGCUGGCUGGCUCAGUGCCACCGCUGACCGCCUUGCUGACCGCCUGGCUGCGCUCUGCUGACCGGCUGCUGAACAGAAACAUCGCCUGACCGAGCUGAGAUAUUGUUGAAGCGAAAAGUGUUUGAUCACCUACCCUACAUGCUGAGCUGCGGUCGUUUAACGGAAACGGUGUAAAAGCACUGAAUACCGCAGCGUGAUUUGAGUCGGUGACGUUUGCUGAGGCUCGGAGGCUGCAUAUCGCAGAAAUUGUGGUUGUUUGUUGUUGACAAGCGUCCUUUCUGUAAGUCCGUUCGUGAACUCCACUGCUCAGCGAGUCAGAUUGAAAGUAGAGAGCUAAAGCCAAGGCUAAGGCCGGUGUCAGAAGCUGCCAGGCUAGAAUAUUCAUCUGACUAACAAUUUUACUGUUGCUUACUUCAAACGAAGACAAGGAAGUGCCCGCAAGACUGUUGCUACCCACGGUGCAUCUCAGGGCAUAAACACCGAGUGUGUUGACGGCAUCGGUGUCUGCGAGUGGAGGCAUCACCACUGCGAGUGUUGAUGUAAACUCUGCGAGUGUUGGUGUAAAACUGCGAGUGUUAGUGUCAACUCUACAGGGUGACAGUGACGGUUCCACGUGGUGAAACGCGGGUAAAGUAAUAAUCGUAUACGCCAUUUCCAAUCAACUGUGUCUGUCUAAGACCUUAUGAUGCGAAUGUAAACAACUUGACAAUGAAGGUGUAAAAGCUUUUAGGAAACAGAGCGGGAGCUGACGGCAAAAUUACAUGCAGCGUGCUUGGUGAAAAGUGUGUGACAUGGCUCCUAAAAAGGGUGUCUUGGCCAGUCUAUACAGCCGAUUUCGUGGACCCAUCGAACAAGCGGAGGAGGCUAUCAUCAAAAAGUGGAUCUGCUGGAUUCUCAAGCGGCACGUGCAGGGCAACAAGGGGCGGGCGAAGACGUCGGACGCCAACCGGUUCGUCGACAACGCUAUGGAGUUUGCGCGCAGCCUGAUCAAGAGCGAGGGCCUGGACCCGCUCAAAGUGGCCGACGACGAGACACUGUUCGAGGAAAAGCUGUUUUUCAUCCGUUUGUCGGCGUCAGUGACGUUCCUGGCCACCUCUCUGAAGGGCAUGUCGACCCUGCGGCGGAAGGGUGACGCCAUCCUGGAGCUGGACGGCGACUGGCUCACACUGCAGACCCAGCUCGCCACCACCAAAAUCGAGUGUAACACAAACUGCACGGCCAAGUUCAUGGACCUGGGUCCCAACUUUGACCUGACCGUGGACGUGGACGCCGUCACGGUGAAGAUGAAGGCGCGCAUCAACACGAGCACCAUGCAGAUCGUCAUUCCCUCCUUCGAGGUCGUCCAUGUCGGAGACAUCGACGCCGAGGCGGACGGCCUGUUUCCAAUCGACUCACUGCUGGCUGCCAUCAGCGAGCUCUUCAUCAAACGCUGCAAGGACUCGAUCGUCAAGGUGUUCGAGUUCGAGGCGCAGUGCCAGCUGGAGGCGGCGCUGAAACGGCUCGACUUCACGCAGAUCGUGCGCUCCUAUGGCAGAAAGUACUUCAAGGACGCCGCACAACACGUCGGAGUGCCCGGACUGAGCUGAGGGGCGCUGGAUAUAUGGGGGGGGGGGGGCACGACUGAGCUGAGGGACGCUGGGAAGGUGGUGAGAGGCAAGGGGAUAUGCAAGGCUGGCCCGAGAGCCACCAAGAGGCGAGAGAAGGGGCAGGACUCAGCUGACGAGCCCACGAGCCGCGGAAGUGUGUUAGACGACAGAGCUGCUAUGGGCAGGUUCCCAGUGGGCCAGAGAGCGGUUCUGCAGCGAGGUAAGCAUUUGUAGAAGACGGUGACGAUUGUGUCGUGCGCAUGACGUGUGUGAAGCGAAGAGAGGUUUCCAAGUGAGCCAAAGACGGUAUCAAUGAGCAAAUGACAACCAUUGAUGCGCCGUCUAUACGGUUAUAUAGGUGUAAUGCGAUAUGCUGAGCAUGAGGAUAUUGUACUGUGUUCCAUAAAAGUGCGACCGGUGACUGACUUUACCAGCUGUCAACAAGUAGAUAGCUGUGGAUCCCGUGAACAAACAUGUAUGAAUUUAUCUAUAUAUGAGGCGUCCAGCUAAAUAUAAGGAACUCGGGCAACACAAGCGCGAAACAAGACGGACCUCACUGUGGAAAGGUCAUGACGCGAGCAACUGAACUGGUCAUUCACCAGCCAGUUGACGUGUAAAUGUGUCGAGAGAGAGCUUGAAUCCGCGAUCUGUGCGCUGCUAAGUACUAUGGUGACCAGUGACAAACUAGGCUGUUGAAAACAGCUAGGCGGAAAUGGCCACGAAAGGAUGUACCGACCCUUCGAGACAUCCGCGUUCCUGCGAACUCGGGCGCAAAACAGAACAGAAGCAUGGACGGUCUAUCGGCGCUAUGAACUGGGCCAAACAUCCACGCAACAAACAGGGAGCCGAGCGGCGCCAUCCGGCUGCCUCUCUGUUACCACGCGCGGUGCCGGGAGCGGGUCCCGCCGGCGACCCGCUCGGUGCGGCGGCACGGACCGGGGAGUUCCCGCAGACUGCCGACCCGGCCCGGCGACUCGUGACAUCCUGUCGGGCAGCCGGCGCCAGACCGUGCCAGCCGCCCGCCGCCCGAGGGGGCCCCGCCGGGACUCAGGGUAUAUCCGGGACUGAGGAAAUUCGGGGGUCGUGAACCGGCUGAAUCUGGAUUCGAAGGCCGAGUGAACGUGACGGAAAACUAGCGCCGGGUGGUGUACUACGCUGUGAUGUAUUUAACGGAGCCGGAUCGUGCGUAGCUGGAGUUUGGCUGGAGGUCACCGAAUCCAUGCGUGGUAGAUUCCUGCUUCCAGCCAUUAACAAUUAAAUGCAGAUGAAAUCUCCCGCUUUGUGCCUUCUGAAUCUCUGAUAAAUAAAUGAUAAACCCAGGAGGAAA